GUGGCCCCAAGAUUCCACCCUGUCGUCCCUGGGACCGGUGACUAUGAUGAGCUACCACUUUCACAAUUACGUUGUUAUACAUAGUUGACCUUAUAGAUGACCAUGUAUGUGUGUUAUACACACAGUUGACCUCAGGACAGGAAGAUUUUCCAGGUGGGCCACAUUUAAUCACAUGAGCCCCUUUAAAAGCAGAGAAGUCAGAGACUGGAAGCAUGAGAAAGAUUCCGUGCACUUUGCGGACUUUGAGGAUGGAGGAGCCACGUGAGGAGGAAUGCAGGUGGCCUGUAGGAGCAGAGGACGGCCCCUGGCUGACAGCCAGCAAGGAAAUGGGGACCUCAGGCCUAUAGCUCAAGGAACUGGAUUCUGUCAACAACCUGAACCGGCGUGGAAGCAGAUUCCUUUCCUCCUUUGCCUCCGGAAAUGAAUACCGUCCUGCCAGACCCUUGAUCUCAGCUUUGUGAGACCCUGAGCACAGAGCCCAGUUGGCCUUCUGCGCUACAGGACUGUGAGCUAGUAAACAGGUGCUGUUUUCAGCCACUAGGUUUGUGGUACUCAGCAGUAGAAGAUGAAUCCGUGAGCCUUUGUCCCUGAAGACCUCGCAUGAUUCAAGACAUAGGUUCUCAGAAGAACAAACAUAAAAAGGCGGACGAGUUCUCAGAGUGCGUAAAUCUACUACCCUGUGGUAUAGUUUCGUUUUUAGCUACUUUUUAGUUUCUUGGGAUUAUCGCUGGUAUUUUGCAGACGGCCUCCUUGGAAACUGGUGGCCCAGUGUGUCAUGUGGUGUGUCUGGCUUUCUUCACAGUGUUUCGUCACCUCUGACUCCCAUUCUAAAGCGACCGCCUUUGGAGGGUGUUCUUCAGCACUGGUCCAAGCACUGCUCCCUCAGCAAUGAGUCUGGGAACGUGGGUAUAGGUAGAAACCAGACUUCAAACACAUCUUGUUCCAGGCAGCAGCACUUGGCGGCUGCGGGAUGGGUGCCCCGUCGUUGCCCCCGGCCUGGCAGCUCUCCCUCAAGGACCACCGCGUCUCUACCUUCAAGAACUGGCCCUUCUUGGAGGGCUGCGCCUGUACCCCGGAGUGGAUGGCGGUGGCCGGCUCCAUCCACUGUCCCACUGAGAAUGAGCCCAACUUCGCGCAGGGUUUCUUCUGCUUUAAGGAGCUGCAAGGCUGGGAGCCAGACGAGGACCCCGUAGAGGAGCAUGAAAAGCAUUCAUCCGGCUGUGCUUUCCUGUCUGUCAAGAAGCGGUUUGAAGAAUUAACCCUCAGUGAAUUUUUGAAACUGGACAAAGAAAGAGCCAAGAACAAAGUUGCAAAGGAAACCAACAGUAAUCAGAAAGAAUUUGAAGAAACUGCAAAGAAGGUUCGUUAUGCCAUUGAGCAGCUGGCUGCCUUGGAGUGACGCCUCCCCACAUUCACGGGUCCCCCAGUGGCGGACAUAAUUUCCAAGCACAUUCCCCAAUGUUACCGACUUUUCUGUGGGGCCCCUUAACAGUGCCUUAGGACAGGAGAAUGUCAAUAUUUUGAAAGUAGAAUAUUUAAACCAUAUUUUCGUUGUUUCUUGAGAGUGGUCCCUGGAGUUACUUCAUUGUACAGCUGAUGCUACUGAGUCCAGUGACUGGUUCUCUCUUUUUUCCUGGCGGUUUUUGCUCUGUUGACUCCUGGACUCGCCAGGGUGAGAAAUUUGCUCCCGUGGGUAGACCUCUUCCACAGCGACAUGUCUGGGCUUCACGUUGACUAGUGGCUGUCGAGCUUGAGAUUCGAUUCGUGAAUGCGAUCCUAGGUCCAUUGUGACUGGACAAAGAAUUAAGGAUACUAUUUUAAAUUUUAUUUGUGUAAUAAUCCGAAUUUAUAGUGUGCCUUUCUGUGUUCCGAAUACUCUGUAUUAGCUCGCU